CCCUCGUCCUUGCCAAUAUUACAAGGGCGCGGACUGAGGCAGGCACACGCCGUGAUUCACGCCAGCAGCGCUUCCCGAUAGAAGCGAGAGAACGCACUCGCAUGGAUGCCAACGGCACAGGGCUUAUGACCGGCGCGUGACUCGAAAGGUUACCUGAUUCGUGUUGACCUACGCGCGGCCAGGCAUAAACGAUCGAACGAAAGUGGGGGGUCGUGCUAGAGACUGUGCGAGGAGACGUGCGAGGGGACGAGCGUGCAGGCGAACCGUUGCGAGUCAGCAUGGGUCGUCGCACAGCAGCGUCGCGGUUGCGACAGCCGCAGGAGCUGCGACCGACGACGUUGCAGCUAGGCGUGGGCAUGGUGGUGGUGUCGGUGCUGGCGAAACUGGUGAUGAUGUACGACGAGUCCAAGGAGACCGACAGAAUAGCACGGCGAGCCCGCCGGUUCGCUGAGGAGCAGGAAGGGCUGGACCCGCUGACUCGAGAGGAGUGGGAUGCGGUGACAGCAGCGCGGCCGCAGACCCCGUAUGACAGCGCUUUCACUCGCACGGGGGCAAGGAUCCGUACGGGCUCGUGGCCUUCACUGGGAGAAGCAUACAGCUGGGGAGGUGUUGUGUUGACAGAUGCAAUGAAGCGAGCAGAAAGUGGUCAGAGCUCAAGAUAGUGGAGUGAUACAGUUUGAGGAUACAUGUUGCUUCGUUGCCAGGUGUUUGUAUUUUUGUGAUAUUGGUUUGCAUAAAGUCGUUUGGCACGCAUCAGGUUCCGUCACCUCACCACAUAUUCCAAGUUGAACAUAGGUAAGGAUAAUAAAGCUCAGCUCUGUAUAGAUUGACAGUAUUCG